AUGCCCAUACCUUUGCUCAAUCCUUUCCACUGGGGCUAUCACGGCACAUUGGAACAAGUUUCAAACCCACAAGGAACUGUUUCGCUGAAGGUGAAGGACCAGAAAGACUCCAUCGAAUUGAGCCAGUUUAUAGCUGAAGAAGUGCCGGGACUAAGGGACCAGACCAAGUUCGAAUUGCACCCCGCAUUGUUUACAGGGUACCUUCAGACUUUGUAUCUCGGAGCCGCGGAUUUUUCAAAGAGCUUUCCGGUUUUCUACGGUCGAGAAAUCGUCAAUUUUUCAGAUGGCGGUGUUUGUACUGCUGAUUGGGUGAUGAAGGACUGGGAAUCGAAGUAUGGAUUGAAACUGAGUCCAAAAGGGUCGACAUUUGACUCAAAGAAAUUCAAAGCCGAUGAGAUGGCUACUCAUCCCGAGAGCUGGCCUCGUUUGCACCCAAGAACACGGUUUUUAGAAGAGCAGGAAAAAUCAAAAAUCCAUCAAAGUGAGAAACCACUUGUUGUGGUCAUUCACGGACUAGCUGGUGGCUCUCACGAACCCAUCAUUCGGUCUUUGACCCGGGACCUUUCCGGCGCCCAGAAUGAAAAGUUCGACGUGGUGGUGUUGAACUGUAGAGGCUGUGCCCGGUCUAAAAUCACUACUCGUAAACUAUUUUACGCUACAUUCACAAAUGAUAUCAGAGAGUUCUUGAAGCGCGAAAAGGAGCGGCACCCAAUGAGAAAGCUAUAUGCUGUUGGAUUUUCUUUUGGUGGCACAUUAUUGGGCAAUUAUCUGGGCGAAGAAGGUGAAAACACCCCCAUUGAAGCUGCCGCAUUUUUAAGCACUCCAUGGGAUCUCUAUCAAGCAUCUUUGAAGAUGAACGGUGACUGGUGGUCACGCACAUUGUUUUCCAAGAGCAUUGCUCAAUUUUUGACCAGAUUAGUCAAGGUGAAUAUUAAAGAACUCGAAUUCAAAGAGGGCGAGGAAAAACCAACUGUGCCACCAACUUCUAAAAACCCGUCUUUCUUUGUCUUUACGAAAGAAAAUCUCAAAAAGGCACAUGGUUUCAACUCCACCUUAGAAUUUGACAACAUGUUCACAGCUCCCUGUCUCGGCUUCCAGAAUGCGCAUGACUACUACAAGGCAUGUGGGUCUAUUCACGAACUGCCCAACGUCAAGGUUCCUACUUUGAUUAUUAAUUCCAAAGACGAUCCAGUUGUGGGCGAAGACUCCAUACCUUACUCUGCAGUUAGGGAGAAUCCAAACCUGAUUCUUUGCGUUUCAGAUCUGGGUGGCCACCUGGCUUAUCUGAACAAAAACUACGAGUCUUGGGCUACUGCCCAGAUUACCGACUUUUUGGCCAAGUUUGAAGAACUCGUCCAAUGA